GUCACACAGCUAGUAAGUGUCAAGUGUCUGAGGUCGAAUUUGAACUCAGGUACUCCUGAAUCCAGAGCCGGUGCUUUAUCUACUGCACCACCUAGCUGCCCCUAUGCUAGUCUUUUAGAGGAGAAAGUGUGUUCUUAGUCACCCCGCCCCGGACUGGGAGAAUGAAUGGUUACCGACGGAGAAGGAAGCCCUCUGGGGCAGCAGCCCCUCGCGGGAGCCUCCUAGCCUCACGCCCACCCACCCCCCACCCCCCACCCCCUCCCUGCAGCGGGCUCUCCCCGCGGGGCCUGGGUCACAAAGGCCGUUGCCAGGCGCCCGGCAGAGGAAAGAUGCGGCCCCGGGAACAGCGGCCGCCACUCGGGAGCGUGCGACCCGCGGAGCCCAGCAGGAGGCGGAUCUACCUCCACACCCACCCUCGGAGCUCCGGCCACUCGAAAUACCACCCUUGGCCUCGGAGGUGACACACAGCUCAGCUGCGGUUCUGCAUCCUUAUUUUCCAGGUGGAGGAGUUGAGGUGUAACAAUGGCAGGAUAUCAGCUCUGGUCACCAUGGACACCACUGGAUGAGAGUUUCCAGUGGUUGCGACAUACAACACCUACCCCUUCUUCCAAGCACCCCUUUAGGGCCUCUCACUGCUUCCCACAUACUCCUUCAGACCUGGAAGUGCAGCUUUGCUUCCAGGAGGUCACCCUCGUCCUAGACAGCCCCUUUCUAGAACCUGGGGUGAGCCCCAAGUUGCCCUGUCACACAUCAGAGCUCCGAACGAUGAACAGUAAGAAAGGUCUCGUCAGGAAGCCUCAGCCUGUCCGCCUCAGUGGGGUGGACUCUGUCUUUGGCAGGAUCAUCACAGCUCAGCCCCCAAAGUGGACGGGGACAUUUCGAGUUUCAGACAAAUCAGCAUUUUGCAAAAUCAUCAGUCGGGAGCAUCAGUGGCCCACUGGACUAAAGGAGCCGCAAAUCCAAAUGACAGUGACUAUGUGUAAGCAGAUGCUCCGGUCUAUCUUGUUACUGUACGCAACUUACAAGAAGUGCACGUUUGCCUUGCAACAUUCCAAGUAAAACCCCUCCCUGGUUUGCAGUCACACUCCUACCAUGUCCUUUGGUAGGUGUCUGGAGUUUACAGAACUCAUGGAAAGGAAACUGCAACAUCACUGGAGCUCUCUUACCUCUUCUGUCAAGACAAGACAAUGCAGGAGUCCCCCCCACCAAUAAGGGCCGGUGACACAGAGCAAGAGAGAACGUCUUUCACUUGUAAAAUUAAACCACUUUAAAGAUGAGUCAAACUAGCACAUGUACGCGUGAUACCGAAGAGCAUUAAACAAACCAUAUAUACCAAAGAGCACAGGGGCUGGCUUGUCAGUUCUUUCAAAUUUAAGGCAAUAAACGGUUGUAGUUUUUAAGCAGUGGGAGAAGUACAGGUGCACAGUCUGCUAUAUAAACAGGAUGAAGCCUGAGGCAGCAAAUCUGACACUAUUACAGUAUUAGAUUGGUUGAUAAGUGUAAAAAAAAAAAAACCCUAGGGAGAAAAGGCAGAAAAUCCAAACAGGUAGAAA